GCCUUUGAUGUCGCGGGGGCGGGGCGUAGUAGCGCGGCUGCCCAGCCGAAGCCUGACCUUCCCAGCAGCGCAAACGAGGCGAGCGCGGAGUUCCAGCGCGCGGAGCAAGCGAGAGGGAAACUUUCGCUUUUGUUCGAAUUCCCUUUUCCGGGCGUGGGAGGCGGCAUCCCGUUGGCCAGAGCAGGGUCUUCGGGGUGGAAGUUGUCCGCCGGGCUCGGAGAAAGAGGAUCCCACCUGCCGGGUGUGCGUGAACUUACUCCCCACUUUUCUUCGUCCAGUUAUUCGGCGGCCGCGGAUAUUGCGCUCUUUUGGACCAGACGCUCGCAAGCCGAGCAGGCGACUCUCCAGGCGGGGUUUGGAAGCAGCCCGGAGACUCAAGAGCAGCAUAAGAAACUCCUGGAGGAACAGGAAGAGCAUGGAUGUUUUGGGAGACAUAGAGCCCACACAGUUUCCCCUUCCAAAGCACAUCUUGGAAGUGUGGGUCAUUGUCCUGAUCAUCCUGGUCACCAUCGUUGUCAUGACAUCCCUGCUCUUGUGCCCGGCGACAGCAGUGAUCAUUUACAGAGUCCGGACACACCCGAUACACAAUGGAGCCGUGUGAAACUUGCUUCCAUGUCACUAUGUUUGGCUUUGCUUUUGAGAAACACGAGAUAAAAAAGGAUUACAGGGAAACUGUCAGUUUAUCAGGCUUUCUCUGACACCAGGCCAGGCUCUGAGGAGACAAUGGAGGCAUGCCAACAAGAAUAUGACAGCAGCACAGAGACUAUGAUCAUGUGAUGAGGACGUCACAUGUCACCAGAAGUGCCCCAGAAGCCUGGCUGCACAAUACAAACUGUGUCCCUAAUGCUCCACAUCCAGGACUUUAUCUCCAGUUAUGGAAUCAAGUUGGCUGGUUCAGGAUUCCAGAUGGUUCUUGUUUUGGAUUUUUGGUGUGUCCUUUUAUUUGAAAAAUGGUUCUUCAUGUUUACUGGGCAAGCUGUUCCAAAGGAAUAAGGAAUUGGCAAAAACAGAUGUCAGAAAGGAAUAAUGAAAUGUAAUCCAAGAAAACCCUUCCAUGUAGAUUCCAGAUGUGGAAACACAACCUGUUUUAUCUAUCCCAUUCAAAUUGAGACAUAGACAUAGACAUAUUCGGUAAAAACCAUGUGGGGGAAAGCUUUCAUUGCUCCCAGCUGGAAUGUUGGUCAUUCUCUCUUCCCUCCAAGAUCCCUCUAAUCCAAAUAGCAGCAGCCGAAAAAGGAUUGGGGGGGGGGGAAGAGAGAAAUGAGAUGUAGGUAGAUAAGUGAAGUUAUCGUAUUUGUGGUAUACAGUUACAAAAUGAUAUACUCAUCAUUAAACAUCUAUUUUUAAGGAACCUAAUAAAAUCUAAUACAAAAAAAACAGAGGAGGGGAGAAUGAGAUUUGAACAAAGUAAUUUGCUGUCAGGGAACAGUUUAGAAUAAGGUUACCAGAUUUUUUUCAAUGAAUCCGGGGACACUUUUCAACUUCAAUAGGAAUGAUAGGAUUUUGUCAGGGGACUGGUUUGUAAAUCCGGGGACUGUCCCCGUGAAACGGGGAUGUCUGGUAACCUUAGUUUAGAAUGUGGCAAUGAAAAAGUGGAGCAAAAGAGACUUUCUUUUGCUGCUGGGUUUGUGAAACUGUGUGCAUCUUGCAGUUCUGUGAAUGGGAUGGGAGGGCCUUUCCUAGUUGUACUGAAGGAAUGGCAACUAGGGGAAUAAACUUGUAAAGACUGGGAAUCUUUGCAGCUGUGAUGCGAUACAAGUACCGUAUUUUUCGCUCUAUAAGACACACCAGACCAUAAGAUGCACCUAGUUUUUGGAGGAGGAAAACAAGAAAAAAAUAUUCUGAAUCUCAGAAGCCAGAACAAGAGGGAUCGCUGUGCAACAAAAGCAGCGAUCCCUCUUGCUGUUCUGGCUUCUGAGAUAGCUGUGCAGCCUGCAUUCGCUCCAUAAGACGCACACACAUUUCCCCUUACUUUUUAGGAGGGAAAAAGUGAGUCUUAUAGAGCAAAAAAUACGGUAGUUUGGCUGUUCCAUCCAUCCCCCUGUUUCACACGCACCCUCAGGCAACUGUCCAUUAAUGUGUUCCCUUUCUACUAAUGAAUUUACUAGCCAUUUAUUUCUGCCUGACAACAGUGAACAUAUAAUUGGCAUGAGCAUGCAACAAUUUAUUGUAGUUCCUGCAUGAUUCAUUUCCCUUCUCUCGUGGCUACUGCUGGCCUCUACUGCUGUGUCUUUUCUUGACAGUCAUCUGUUCCCUCAUACAGCAGAACUGGCAACUCCUAGUCCAAAGAGGGCUUUUGGGCUUUCACUGUCUGCACACCAGGGAAAGGUUCAGCAGCUAUUCUUGCUGCUAUGUGGUGUUGAAGGAAGACUCAAGAUCGGCCAGACCUCUCCCUUCCGCUCAGCCACAAGUGGCACUGCAACAUCCUGACAGGCCAGGUGUUAGGAGAUGUUGUCUGUUCGUAGUUCAGAG